ACCCUACUUCUUUUUUCUUGAUUUACUCUUAAACUACAAAAUGCCUACUACAUUGUCCUCAAAUUUUUCCAACAAUAUUAAAGAAUUUGUAGUAAAUGAAGGCAAUGGAGUAAAGGGUUUAUCAGAAUUAGGACUUAAAACCCUACCAAAACAAUAUAUUCAACCACUCGAAGAACGAAUUACUACGAGCACAAUAAUCGUCGAUGAUUCUAUCCCGAUCAUCGAUAUGUCCAAUUGGGACGAAAAUAAUACUAAAGUUUGUGAAAAAAUAUGUAAUGCAGCUGAAAAAUGGGGAUUUUUUCAGAUUAUUAAUCAUGGAAUUCCCCUUGAAGUUCUUGAUGCUGUUAAGGAUGCAACUUAUAGGUUUUUCAGACAGUCUGCAGAGAAGAAGAAUAAGCAUUCUAAGGAAAAUUCAACAACAAAUAACGUAAGAUAUGGAACAAGUUUUACACCUCAAGCUGAAAAAGCUUUGGAAUGGAAAGAUUAUCUUAGUCUUUUCUAUGUUUCUGAUGAUGAAGCUGCUGCCCUUUGGCCUUCUGCAUGCAGGGAUGAAUCACUAGAAUUCUUGAGAAAUUCUGAUAUUGUAAUCAAGAAACUUUUGAAGGCACUUAUGAAAGGACUAAACAUAAAUCAGAUAGACCAAACUAAAGAAUCACUUUUAAUGGGUUCAAAAAGGAUUAAUCUUAAUUACUAUCCUAAAUGUCCUAAUCCUGAAUUAACAGUGGGAGUAGGUCGUCAUUCUGAUGUUUCAACAUUAACCAUUCUUCUUCAAGAUAAUAUUGGAGGACUUUACGUAAAAAAAUUGGACAGUAAUUCUUGGGUUCAUGUCCCACCAAUUGAUGGAGCAAUUGUGAUUAAUAUUGGUGAUGCACUUCAACUUAUGAGUAAUGGAAAAUACAAGAGUAUUGAGCAUCGAGUUAUGGCUAAUGGAUGCAAUAAUAGGAUUUCAGUGCCUAUUUUUGUAAAUCCUAAACCUAAUGAUUUGAUUGGUCCUUUGCCUGAAGUGAUUAAGAAUGGAGAGAAGGCAAUUUACAAGCAAGUUUUAUAUUCAGAUUAUGUCAAGCAUUUCUUUAGAAAAGCUCAUAAUGGAAAAGAAACUGUUGAUUUUGCUAAGAUUAAUUAA